AUGAUGGUGGAUAUUUAUGAGAGUGUAAAUGGUGUAAGAGCAUCUGAGAACAACACAGAAACAGAGGACAACUCUACUGAGAGACACUCCACAGCAACUCAGCCAUCAGAUAAGCACGUCCAGCGGGGGUGGUGGUAUUACAGCUCCAGUCUGUAUUACCUCUCUACUGAAUGGAAGAGCUGGAGUGAGAGCAGACAGGACUGCAGAGAGAGAGGAGCAGACCUGGUCAUCAUAAACAGCAAAGAGGAACAGGAGUUUGUUGAUAGGUUGAAGAAGAUCAGUACAGUGGCUGCCUGGAUUGGUCUGACUGACAGAGAUAUAGAGGGGGUGUGGAAGUGGGUGGACGAUACAACACUGACCACAGGGUACUGGUGGCCUAAUGAACCUAAUGAUCACAAUGGAAAUGAAGACUGUGCGGAAAGUGCACCAUCAGAGGGAAAGCUGGAAAACUGGAACGAUUUGUCAUGCAACGAGAAACGCAACUAUAUCUGUGAAAAAUGA